UGGGUGGUCGCACGCACGCACGCAUGCAUGCACUCUCGGUUGACGGGCGCGUCUGUAUUUGCGAUCGGAACGAUGGAGAUCUUAUCGUGCGUCUUGCUGGCAAUCAAGUGAGACGCAUCGCGCAUCACCGAUGUAUAUACCAAAACUUGUCCGUAGAUAAGUGGCACAGACAAGACAGAAAAGAGGGAACGAGCCUAUCUUUUCCCCUUCCCGAUCAACGGGGCGACAAAAUGUCGACGUACCAUUAUUUAUCGUGAACAAAUCAACGGGGAGAAAGAGAGAAAGAGAAGGAAAGAAAAAGAGAGUUGAACACGGUGUUACUAACUUUCUCUCAAAUUUUGUGGAAAGGGGCAAGAGAAAAAGUGUGAGAAAGAGAGAAAAAAUAGAAAAAGAAAAAAGGAGAGAGACAGAAGGAAAAUUCGAAACAGAACGAGAUGAGAAGCAACCAGUGAAUGAAAUGAUGACACAUUGAUGGCACGAUUAUCAACAUUAUGCAACGCAAGUGACAUUCGUAACGGGAACAGGGCCCGGAACUGCUUUGAGACCAGCAAACAAGAAGUUGGGAAGCAGCGACCUCCGGAGCGAUGUACGCCGCGGCGGGUGGUGCUAGCAUCGCCAAUCGAAGGAAACAGAAACGACUGCAGCUCAGCAAACAGCCUGUCAAUGUCGUACUGCCAAAAUCUAAGGGUGGUCUACCAACCUCACGUCAUCAUCACCUGCAGCAUCAUCAACACCAGCACCAAUACGAAUACCACUCUCACCACCAUCAUCAUCAUGCUCACUCGACCAAGCUCGCCCGUCCGCACCAAAUUACGUCACACGUCUCGCGAGCAAAGCAGCGACAAGUGCCAACAUCGACGUCGUCGUCGUCUGCCGCGUUCCAUCCGGUCGUCGACGAUCGGCGUCGUCACAUCGUCACCACUGACAGAUCGCAGCCAGUUGCGCCGAUCUCACCGAUCCAUUUCCCGAUCUCGCCGCCUCCGCUUUCCCUUGAGUCCUCGGCGUCCGCCACUACCUCCUACCAUCCAGCUGACAAGUCCAGCAAAUUUCCCUUUCCGCCACCCUCGAUCCUCGAUCUCCAAGUCUCGCCUCCUUCGGAGCUACAGUGCGCCGGACCUGGCAGUAAGGCAGCAUGGGAAGGAUGCAACAGACCUUCGUCGCUUGCUUUAUCUCCCACAUCGCCUGGUUACCGCGGAGACGGUUACAGAACAAAGCAAUGCGAAGCCCAUCGAAGAUGGAUGAAAAGAAACAGAAUCAGAGACGCCAAUUAUUGCUAUGGAAGCAGCGGCGAAGACGACGAAGAUGACAGCAGUAACUCCUUACGUCACAGAGGACAAGUCAGCGCGGCGGUCAAUACCGUACUUUAUGCGGGUUUAGGGACCACGGCGCUCGGUUUAGUGAUAUCGUUUGUUGGCAGCGGAGAGAAAGGCUUUCUGACUCCACAGCUGAGACUAAUUGGUCCGACGCUGUUCUGUGCCGGAUUGUUGUGCUGUCUGUUCCGCGUGCUGUUAUGUCUCUGUCACUGCCGCUGCUGUCGGUGUCGAAGGUUCUGUCACGUCGAUACUUCGCACAAGAAGCAGAAGGCGAGAAAAGUGGACACGCGACCAAAAAUGUUGCCGACCGCGUCACUACUGCCGUCAUCGCAGCAAGAACUGCAACAAGAACGACCGAUCGCACUGACAAGCCGCUCUCUGUCACCAGCAAUCAAAGGACAUGAGCUCUUGCUCUCACCUGCCCAACUAACGGAGUGAAGGACAUCCAAGGUCGCGUCAUGAAUAUUUUUUACGAAAAUGGAUUCUAUACAUAUAUUACAUAUAUAUAUACAGGGUGUCCCAUAAUUGCCGUCUAACCGCUUGUAGGUAGAUAGAA